GUGCGCUGAGGGGGAUAUCUCGCGAGGAAGCACACCAUUAUCGUAGCUGCUCAACAAACAUCACGAGAAUUUGGUACUGUACACGGAUUGUAUGACUUGCAAAAUUACUUGUUUGGGGGCCUGCAGUGGUGUUUGACUGGAUAUUGCUGCCUAGUUCUGAAUGAUGUCAGAACAGGAUUUGGCAGAUGUUGUUCAGAUUGCUGUUGAAGACCUGACUCCAGAUAACCCAGUUGUGUUGGAGAAUCCUGAAGUGACAGAUGAUAUAGAGCCUGCUCUGAAACAUCAGCAUAUAGAAAUUAACUGCCAGGAUCCCUCUAUUAAGUCGUUCCUGUAUUCCAUUAAUCAGGGAAUAUGCCUGCGGUUGAAUAGCAUUGAGGCAAAGUUGCUGGCAUUGGAGGCUGCUUGUAAAUCAUUGGAAGAGAAGUUUGAUCUUGUUAUGAACAAACAGCACAGCCCCAUCCAAGUCCCCAUGGUGGGAGGUGUGCCUCUUGGUGCUACGCAGACAAGCAAUAAAGUACGAUGUGUUGUCCCUCAGACAGCAGUAGUACUGAACAAUGACCGGCAGAAUUCAAUUGUAGCCAAGAUGGUUGGGCAGGAAGAGCCACUAAGCAGAGCAGCGGAUUCUCUGGAAAAUAUUCUUAGCAAUGCUGUUCCUGGACGUAGGCAGAACACCAUAGUUGUGAAAGUUCCUGGGUAUGAGGACAGUCACAAUGGAGAUGGAGAGAGUGGCUCUGAGGCCAGUGACUCAGUUUCCAAGAGUGGACAAAUAGGAAGCCACAGUAUUGGGAACAACGUCACCCUUAUUACACUGAACUCUGAAGAGGAUUACCCCAAUGGGACAUGGCUUGGAGAUGAAAAUAACCCUGAGAUGCGGGUCCGUUGCCUCAUCACGCCAGCUGACAUGCUGCACAUCAGCACGAACUGCCGCACAGCUGAGAAGAUGGCACUGACAUUGCUUGAUUAUCUCUUCCAUCGGGAAAUUCAGGCCAUUUCCAACCUUUCAGGCCAGGGGAAGCAUGGGAAGAAGCAACUUGAUCCUCUCAUGAUUUACGGAAUUCGCUGUCACCUAUUUUACAAAUUUGGCAUAACAGAAUCUGACUGGUACAGAAUUAAGCAAAGCAUAGACUCUAAAUGCCGAACAGCUUGGAGGCGGAAACAGCGAGGUCAGAGUCUUGCUGUGAAAAGCUUUUCAAGGCGAACACCAUCGUCAUCUUACAGUGGUUCAGAGGGUUCACAGAGUUCAGUUUCAGCUUCUAAUGAGAUUCAGCAGAACCAGCCCCAAACACUACACUAUACACUAGCCAACGCUCAGCAGGUUCAGAUCCACCAAAUAGGAGAAGAUGGGCAAGUCCAAGUAGGCCAUCUCCACAUAGCCCAGGUUCCUCAAGGUGAGCAAGUCCAAAUCACACAGGACAGUGAGGGAAACCUGCAGAUACAUCAAGUUCAUGUGGGUCAAGAUGGGCAGGUAGGAACAGAACUGAGUUUUAAGCAUUAUUUUACUUUGGUCUUUAAAAUUAGUGUUGCAGUUGGAAUGAUCUCACAUUAUUAGUGGCUGGUUUAAAGAGCAAAAUCUGUUCUUGUCUUUCUGUUUAUUUAAACAUCUUUCAAAAUGAUAAAAUGUAAGCUAAGUGUUUUGUCUGUGGACUCAAAAUAUUUGCCCAAGCUUAUUUCAUUACUCCUGCGAGAUGCUUUAUCCCUGGGAUUUAUACCUUCUUGUCUUUAGCUUCUUCACUCUCACAUCUACUAACUGGAUUGAUUAGACUGUGUACAGUAUGUUCUUUUCUCUGUUAUAAACUGUCACUGUGGCCAGAUGUGGACUGCGGUCCAUGCAAACUGAAGAACAUUUAUUGUAGAGGCUUAAGCAUCUAUUUUUUUCAUUAUAUGGCUGUCUUGGGAGAAACAGGUCUUUCACAUCUGCUUUUGUUCUUUUUGACAAGAUAGAUAGCUUUAUUAGGUGCUUAUGCAUACAUGAGGUAAGAACAAGAAGCUUUUACUUUGAGUGAUGAGUCAGUAAGUGAUUAAAGUAGCAGAAUGUAUGUGUCAAUUAUCAACAAAAUUUCUAAUAAUGUAUCUCAGCCAC